AUGUCGACCCCGUUCAAAGAAUCCCUCGACCGCGAGGAUGCCCCGUUCCUGGCUGCUGCGGCUGCUGCUGCUGCUGCCGACGUCGCCUCCGAUUCCAACGUUCACCGGACCAACGCAGCCCACAAGCACAAUGAAGAUGGGGAUGAGGGUAUGGACCCACUCCACCACCACGACGACGAAGAAGAGGAUGAGGACGUCAAACUGCUCAACAAGAAAAUCCGCUUUCGACUCAUGGUGACCUUGUUUGCCAUGAUCCUCGCCGUCGAGGUCGGCAUCUGCAUGUCCAACGGGCCCGUCACCCGCAUCUUCGAGUCGAUCGCCUGUCGCGAGUACUAUGCGCAGUACGAUCCCACGCAAAUCGGCGCCAACGGGCAGGUCGACGAGGAUCUGUGCAAGAUCAAGGAGGUCCAGCAGGAUCUGGCCGCCGUGAAGGGGUAUAUGGAGUUCUUCGAUGGGACUUUGAGUGCUAUCUUGGCAAUCCCCUAUGGUCUGAUGGCAGACCGAUUAGGCCGGAAAUCCACCAUCUGUUUGAGCAUUCCAGGCUUCGUUCUCAAUUGCCUCAUGCAGCUGGCUGUGAUGUGGUUCCCGGAUACUUUCCCCCUGCGAACCGUGUGGGCGUCGUCGUUGGCCUGGCUGCUGGGCGGGGGACCGGUCGUCGCGUUUGCGAUUAUCUGGACGAUGAUGUCGGAUGUCUCGACUGAGGAAGAACGCGCGGCCAGCUCGUGGCUGAUGGCCCUCGAUCCGUGGUUGCCGCUACUGCUGGGAUGGGCACUCGCUAUUAUUGGGAUGUUCUUCGCCUUGUCGUUACCAGAGACGAUGGGCGCUUCCCCAGGGCGUGGUUCGAAGAAGUCGAAUAACCUGGAACUCGGACAGAUUUUCUCCAGCCACGCCGAGUAUAAAUCCGUCCCGAGCAAAGAGCAGGAGCAGGAGGUAUCCAGUGAUGACGAGGACUCUGCUCCUGGGGAGUCGCAUGUCGAUGAGAAGAACGGCGCAGCCACCGCUACCGCUACCAGACGAACCGUCUUCGCCGCGGUGAAACGCCGAGUCCAGGCCUAUUUCGCGCCCUAUGCCUUCAUCGUCCAAAACCGCCAGAUCAUGCUCCUCCUGACGGCGUUCCUUGUCUACCGACUCAGCCGCGGCUCGUCCUGGUUCCUGGUGCAGUACAUCUCCACCCGCUUCAAGUGGACCCUGGCAGAAGCCAACUUCCUCAUGUCCUUCAAGCCGGCCCUGACCAUCCCGCUGUUCCUCUUCGUGCUCCCCGCCAUCUCGCGACGCCUGCUCAAGUCCAUGAAGCCCACGCAGAAGGACCUGACCCUGAUGCGUAUUAGCAUCGUGUUCUUGGCGGUCGGGACCCUGGGGAUCGGGCUCUCGAGCCACGUGUACAUGCUGAUUCCGAGCCUGCUGCUGCAGACCUCCGGGUCCGGGUUCGUCUUCCUGACGCGAUCGCUGAUCACGACGCUGGUGAGACGGGAGGAGACGGCGCGGCUGUUCACGAUCAUCGAGGUCCUGCAGUCGAUGGGCAACGUUAUUGCCAGUCUGUCGAUCACGACCGUGUUUCAAAUCGGGCUGGAGCUGGGAGGGCCGUGGAUUGGCCUGGCGUGGAUGAUGACUGCCACGGCAUUCAUGAUGACAAGGCACACUGCUGGUAAUGUGCUAGCACAUGGCCAAAUCGGCGAUCACACAACCUCCUCCAUCACCCACCACGCACCACCCUCCCUCCUCCUACUGAACCAUGGAGAAAUUCACUCAAUUCCGAGAUCGAGGUCAGCAUUCCGUACCUGUCUCGGCUCGGGCAUCGCACCCUUCCUCCCCAUCCCUCCGCAGCCCAUCAGCUACCUCCAAAUCCCCGUCCGCAUUGUCCUGUUCUGGAUCCGACUGCCGCUCUUUGUGUUCGCCUGCCUGAGUUACUUCCUGGUGCUACAAUGGCUUCCGAUCGGAUCGCUGGGCAAGAAGGCCUCCCUCUGGUGCAUCCUGGGGAUACCUAGUAUAUGGUGGAUUGAUCUGCAGGUCGACGGCGUGCGAAAAGGAUCCCUGCACCGACAAGACCAGACCCGCCUCCCCGGCCCGCGCUCCAUCAUCGCCUCCUCCUUCACCUCCCCGAUCGACCCGCUGUACCUGGCCGCGAUCUUCGACCCGAUCUUCACCGCAUGCUACCCCAACACCUCGGAAGUCGAGCAGAUCUCGCUCUUUCAAGCGAUCCUGCGCGCCUUCGGCGCCCCGCAGCCCACCGCACCUGCGGCCCGCAAGCUCACCACCCUCGACGCCCUCCUCCGCAAGUACCCCGGCCGCGCCCUCGUCACUUUCCCGGAGUGCACGACCACCAACGGCCGUGCCAUCCUGCCCCUCAGCCCGGCGCUGCUCGCCGUCCCGCCCGCCACCAAGAUCUACCCCAUCAGUCUCCGCUACACCCCCGUCGACGUCGUCACCCCGCUGCCCGGCAGCUACCUCAGUUUCCUGUGGAACCUGCUGAGCAAACCCACGCACUGCAUCCGCGUCCGCAUCGCUGGCGGCGUGACCCCCACAGCAACAACAACAACAACAGCCUCCGCUGCAUCGACCGGCUCGUCGACCCGCCGCACCAACUACGACACCAACUACCUCGACACCCUGGACGCCUCGACCCGCAGCGCCUCCUCCUCCCCGGAGGCGACGGCUGUCUCCGACGCGGCGCUCCUCGACCACGUCGCCGACUCCCUGGCGCGGUUGGGCCGCGUCAAGCGGGUCGGGCUGGGCGUGAAGGAGAAGGUGGAUUUCGUCCGCGUGUGGACGCGGGGCAGGUGGGUGUGGUAG